AACUGGAGAGCAGUCAGACUGAGUAAAUCUCACAGCCUCUUCCUCCAGGUGUCUUCUCAGGAGGAGCAACAGAGGGAGGAAAAUGGCCAAGAGGUUGCUGCCAGCCCGCGUUCAGGAGCCUGUGACGUUCAGGGAUGUGGCCGUGUUCUUCAGCCAGGAUGAGUGGUUGCAUCUGGACUCUGCACAGAGAAGCCUGUACCGGGAGGUGAUGCUGGAGAACUACAGCAGCCUGGCCUCACUGGCCAAAGGUCAUCUCUCAGUUAGAGCAAGCAGAAGACUUCCAGGUGGUGGAAAGUGGAAUGCUUCGAGGUGUAUACUUAGGAUGGAAGAGCUUGUUUGAACCCAUAGUUUCCA